AUGGAGGGGCGUGAGAGACAGGGAGAGGGGGCAUCAAUGCCUGCUUCUCCCACCUCUGCGUUGCUUGGCUAUGGGGGUAGCCGUGCUGCUGCUGCUGGUACAGCAGCAGGAGGAGGGGGAGGAAGCGGUAUGCAUGCAUCUAGCAGCAGCACUCCUCCCGUGAGUUUUUCUCCUAUAUUACGUAAGUCGGGUAGUUUGACGUCUCCUUCAUUACCAGGAUCAACAUCAGCAGCAGCAACAGGUGGAGGAGGAGGAGGAGGAGCAGGAACAGGAGCAGCAGCAGGAACAGCACCUAGCAGCAGCAGCCGUGAGGAGGAGCGUCGUCGCGACUUCCAGAGGAUAAAGACUGUCUCCUUUGCUAAUUUAGAGACAGUAGGAGGAGGAGGAGCCAUAAGUUGUUCCUUAGCAUCUGAGGGAGAUAAUACAGCAGCAGGAGAUUCUGCUGCUGCUGUACCUGCAGCAGCAGCAGGAACAACAACAGGAGGAGGAGGAGGAGGAGGAGGAGGAGGACCACCAAGACUAGAAGGUGUAUCCUCUCCUGUUCCUGCUGCACUUACUGAUGACGAGACAGAGCAUCAUAGUGUUAGUGCUGUAUCUGGUGCAUUUGCCUUAUACCCUCAUAGUUAUAACAGCAGCAGCAGCAACAUUUCUUUAUAUUUACCCUUUGGCAGCAAAUUCUCUUCUUCUUAUUUAUGCUGCUGCUGCAGCAGAUUAUGUCGUUGGUGUCGUCGUCUAGGUCCUGGUAAUGAUUUAGCAUUUCAUACCCGUGAGGAUUUGCUGCUGCAGCAGCAGCAGCAGCAGAAACGUCAUGGGGGUCGUCUAACUAGUCGUAGCAGCACAUUAAGCAGCAGCAGUGGUGGUGCAGCAAGAAGCAACAGUAUGCGUGGUGGUGGUAGUACAAGUACAGCAGAAAAAUUAUUAAGACCUUUUCCUUUAAUGUUUACGAGUAAUGAAUUAGAGGAUUUAUUUUCCUUAAAUGUUAAUCAUUGGAUGUAUGUACGUAUGUUCCCUAUGGGGGUACUGCUGCUGCUGCUUACUCUUGCUAUGUGGCCUCUUCUUGCAUGGAGUUUUGAUCAACAAAAGGCAUUUGAUCAUAAAAGUAAUAUUGGUAUUAUGUUCAAUGCUGCUAUGGGUAUUACUAUGCUCUCCUCUGCUGCUCUUGCUGCUGCUGCAUGCAUCGCUAAAGCUAAGGGAUAUGCAGAACAUCUCACCACUCUUGCCGUAUUCGUUUUGGUGACAAUGUGGGGUGUAUGGAACGGCGUAGCUAGUUAUAGUUUAGAGGCGCAAGUUGAUGAUAAAGAUGAAUUUAGAUCAACAGAAGAAAGUACUGCCUUAGAGGCAUGCACAGCAAUGAGUUAUUUAUAUGGACUUUUACCUGUAGUCAUUAUUGAUGUUGUCCUACCAUCCAGGACAAAAUAUUCCUGGUUAAUUCAUAUUUCUUUCUUCGGCACGAGUGCAGCAACAAUUGUUGACACGCGUCGUCGUGUAGAGCGUUUGGAGUCGGAUUUGAAACGUCAGCGUUCUCGUGGUGGUGCCUCGACCUCAUUAGAGCAUUUAGUUCAAUUAGUGAAGCAAAUGCAAGAAUUAAAUCAUUUAGCAUUAUCAGCAGCAGGAGAGAGUAUGCGUGCUGCUGAUGUACGGCUGCAGUUGCAAGAAAGUCGUGCAUUGCUGCAGCAAUGUUUGUCAAUUCUUUGUACUACCACCAAUCUUUAUGCUGUUAAUUUUAGUCCAUUAGAUAAUGUUGAACAUUUAGAUAUAAUACAAGCAUUAUUAAAUGAUAAGAAUGCUCUACCUAAGGAUUGGUUCCGUCGUAAGGAAACCUUACCUGGUGCUGCUGGUGCUACUGGUUCUCCUGAUGCUCCAACACCUACUACAAGACAGCAGCAGCCUGGGGAUCAGAAUCAUACCCGCAGUAGCAACAGAAGCAGCAGCAGCAGUAGCAGCAGCAGUAGCAGCAGCGGGAACAAUUUCACAUUACGCAGCAACUCCAAUACACACACUGCUCAUCCCUCCGAGCAGACGCUACUAGAGGAUAAACCACACCCAACAGCAGCAGAUACAGCAGCAGCAGCAGCAACAACAGCAGCAACAGCUGCAGCAGUAGCUGCAUCUGCUGCUGCUGAUACACAUACAUCCCAUGGAACCGUCUCUCCCCCCGUUGGACCACCUCCUCUACCUGCUGCUGCAGGAGUAUCAGCAAGUGGUAUACAACCAUCAACACCUCCACCGUUAACAUCAGCAGCUGCAGCAGGAGCAGCAGCAGCAGCAGCAACAGCAGCAUCUUUAUCUUCAUCAUCCCCACCCCCUCCCCCUUCAGCCAGACGAACAACAGAGGCACUUAAGCAGCAGCAGCAGGCCGUUGCUCAGCUUCUGCCUAUCCCUCGUAGCCGCAGGGGUUCCCAAUCAGGAGAAGAAGGGGGAGGAAACCCUCAUGAGGAAACAACAGAAAGAAACAGUAACCGUAGCUCUGUACUAUCAGAUAUGCUUCUUAUACCAAGAAGAACAAGCAAAGCAACACAUGAAAGACAUACAGCAGGAGAAGAUAAACUUAUACGAGUCUCUUAUCUAUUCUCCCCAGGUCUCACUGGUGGUUCAACAUUAUCUGGUUCAUUAGGUGAUUGGCGUUUUGAUGUAUUAAAUUAUGGAAUGGAGUGUAAUUCUCCAUUACCAGAAAUGGGAUUUAUGUUAUUAAGUUAUUUUUGUAUUGAAUCAAAUUUAUGCUCAGAACAAACUAUCGCUAAAUUCCUUAGAGCUAUUGAUAAACAUUAUCUUCCUGUUCCUUAUCAUAAUGCAUUACAUGGACUCAUGGUUGCCCAAAAAACGUUUGCCUUGCUGAGUUUAUUGUCUCUUGUAAAGAGCCGACAGCCGCGAGAUAUUGCUCUUAUUCUUGUUGCAG